ACUUGCUCCUGCCUGUGUGUAAAUGUUUGUGUCAGCUCGGCCCGAGUAUAGGGAGCCAACCAAGCCAUGACUGGCAGCCGCACUGUCACAUAGCAGUAUUGCAUUUAGCAUUUUGGAUCAUUCACACUUUCUUUUGGAUCAAUACAUUUGUUGUUGUUUGUGAGCCUGUUUGGAAAAGAACAGACAGUGAUAGAAUAACCUCGUCCACUGCCUCCUGGAACGCCUGAAACAUGGCAAACGUCCAGAGGGUGGCGAAGAAGACAAGCACCAUGUCCCUGACCAUCUCCUCUUCCUCCUCUGCAUCCUCCUCUCGAGAGCUCUCCUCCUGCUCCUCCAGCUCCUCCUCCUCCUCCACCCUCAUCGCUCAGAGGCACUCCAGCCUUGUGCAGCCUCUGUGUGUCAGCCCACAGAGGACUCAGAGUCCCAUCUACAAUCAGCAGUAUGCAGGAAAUGGAGUGGCUCCUUCUUUUGUUAAGUGCCUCCAUGAUGUGUCCACAGUGAAGGGUCAGUUGGUGGUCCUCGAGUGCAGACUGAGGGGAACUCCUCCGUUGCAGGCUAUGUGGUACAGAGAGGACGAACAAAUUCUGGACUCUGAUGACUUUAGGAUACUACGAAAGAAGGCCAGCUCUGUGUCAGUGCCAGAGGAGCUGUGUACUCUGGUGAUCACAGAGGCCUUUCCAGAAGACUCUGGUCUAUUUAAAUGUGUGGCCCUCAACUCUUUUGGCACAGUCUCCUGUUCAGCACUCCUGGAAGUUUAUGACGACAUGGAGGAGCAGCUGGAGAUAGAGGCCAUUUGUCAGCAGGAGGCAGCUCCUCUGAGACAAGAGGAGGAGGAAGGGGAGGCGGCGUUCCAGGACGAGAUGAUGUCAUCCCGAAAGAGCACUGAGGACUUUCCCGCUGACAUACCUGACUCUCUUACCCUCCCUGCUCCUGAGUGGCCUGACAGCCCUCUAGAAGAUAACCUGCCCAGUGCAGAUUUUCCAGAGCCUCAUCAAGAUUACUACUCAUUUGAAGAACCCUUUGGUCACAGCGAGGCGGGGGAAAGGUUCCUGAACUUGGGAAGCCAAAGGUCACCAGAGGUCACAUCCAGCCCUCCCCCUCCCCCGAGCCCACCACCAUCACCAACUCAAGUCAAGGAGACAAACAAAACACCCAAGCUGUUCACCCCAAGCAAGCUCAAUUUCUCUCCCUCCCACUCCGGAGGUAACGACAUGAACCUUUCCGACCUGCCUACCUUCACUCCCAGCACCUUCCCUCCCAGUGCCUUCAACUAUGCGAGGCCGAGGCAUUUUAUUCAAUCUCAGGCCGCCUUCCAGGCUCCCAGCUACGAGAGUGUUCUGAGGGAGGCCCAGGAGAACCAAAACAACUCGCAACAGAACUUCAGCAGUCCCCUAAACAGUCCAAGUGUUACUGAGACGCAGACGAAAAUAUCCUCACAAAGUCAGUCUUUUUCUCAAACUCAGUCAGUGUGCAAGUCUGUGAUGCAGACCCAGUCACAGAUUCAGUCACUAAACCUUAAUCAGAACCAGGCCCAAUCUGUUGCUCAGACCCAGACCAAUGGCACAGUCAAGCCCUCUCCUUCCUCAUCCAGUCUCAGUUCUCCGAUGUCCACCCCGACCUUUUCUACUGCACCUCCUCUUUCUCUUUCUGCUCCCUUAGCCAGUCCCUCCACCACCAUCCCUUCCUCCUCACCUUUCCCCGACUCCUCAUCCUCUCUGCCCCGCACUACCAUGCGUUCCACCAUCACCCUUACUCCAAGUAUCCCCAGUGCCACUGGCCUAGGCAGCGCCACCCUGCCCGCCAAUCAGGACACCAUGUCCGCACCUGCUGCCUACCUCUGCUCUGUGCUGCCCUCCAUGUCCGCCUUCUCCCCUUUGUCCUCCAACAAGCUGUCUCCCAACUCCAACCUUCACCACCACCCCAUCUCCCCAUCCCGCUCUCCUCUUCUCCCCUCCAGCCCUCUCCUCCCCCUGAGGGCCUCCUCCUCUCCUUCCUCAUUCCCUCAGCCGCCUCUGCCAGUUUCCCCUUCUCUCCCUCGCUCCCCUGUCUCUCCGUCCUCUUUCCCACAGUCCAACACUCUCAACAGUCCGAACAGAAUACAGCCUGGUGUGGUCUCACUGCCCGCCAGCUACAAGGCAACGCCAAACACCCUUCCUAAGCCUAUCCUCAAGAAGUCUGUAGCUCCUCGGCCUUCCUCCGCUCGCUCCACAGAUGAAGACAUCCAGGGCUCCAAAGAUGCCCUGAUACAGGACUUGGAAAAGAAGCUGCGUUCUAAGGAGGCCAGAAGGAGACCCAGCCAGAAACUGUCCUAUGAGGAGCGUAUGGCCCGUAGGCUGCUGGGUCCAGACAACGCCAACUACAUGUUUGACCAAGACAAUCUGUCAGACUCACAACCAGACCAGCCAGAAUCACCAGAAGGAAGACACAAGGGUGGACUAUGGGGGAAGCACCACUCAGGGACAGAUGAGAGGGGAAAUGAGGGCUCAGCUAUUCAGGAGAAGUGUUACGCUCCUCGCUUUUUGCAGAUCCCUUCAGACCUCACAGUGGAAGAGGGGCGCUUCUGUAGGAUUGACUUCAAGGUGGGAGGCCUCCCUACACCAGAUCUCUGCUGGUACCUGGACGGUAAAGCCAUCCGUCCAGAUGACUACCAUAAGAUGCUGGUGUGUGAGAAAGCGAUGCACUCAUUCAUCAUAGAGAUUGUGACAGUGCACCAUGCUGGCGUGUAUGAGUGUGUGGCCAGAAACAGAGCAGGCGAGAGCAGAUUUACCAUGAGGCUUGACGUUUUGGCCCAGGAGGCUCUCCGUCCUCCCACAUUCGUCGUGAAGAUGUUAAACUCCAGAGCUCUAGAGGGCGACACUGUCAGGUUAGAGUGUAAAGUGGACGCCUCCCCUCCACCACAGCUCUUCUGGAAGAAAGACAAAGAUAUGCUGCGUAUUGACCCAAACAGAAUGAGUCUGUACCAGGAUGGUUCAGGCCGUCAGUGCCUGUUGAUAGAGAGGUUGACAAAGUCUGAUGCCGGUUGGUACACUCUCUCUGCCAUCAAUGAAGCCGGCAUGUCCACAUGCAACGCAAGGCUGGAUGUAGGGACUCGUUCAGCCCCUCCCAUGAAAACAGCACCCCCUGGUUCAAAGACGCUGAAGCUGCUGUCCUCACUGAGCCAUGGGCCUGCACUGACAGUGGACACCCCUGCACAGCACACUGCCCCACUGUACGAGAGUGAGGAGCUGUAGUCCCCAAACUGAACCAAGUCCGUCUCAUCCUCAGGCCGUCAUCACACAUCUCACAGCUGUCCAACUGGGGCAGGAGCCUAUAGUCAGUAGCCCUAUUCAGACUGCUGUUUCAGAGCGAUAUUUACGCCCCCAUGACGUUUCGUACAGAGGGGGUAACAGAGUCUGAACGUUAUCAGCGUGGGAGCACAGCGCUGUGUGUUUGUGCAUGACUGACUGUGUGUGUAAGUGGAGAUCCUGCUCUGCUGUGCUUUCCGAAACGCAAUGUGAAUUCACAGACUGGUGCAAGCAUAUAACACCGUCGCAGAAUCAAUAUGAUUGUAAAAAGAUAUUGUGACCAUUUUGUGGAAAAGCAGUCUGAAAAGGGCUUCUGUCAUUUUCAAGGCAGAUAGUUUGGAAUACAAAUGAACAGCAGACAAGACGACAUCUUUAGUAUACUUUUGAGUCCAAGCUAUCUAAAGUUUGGUUGUAUUCUUGUAAACAUUUUUAAGUUGUAUGUCACAUUUCUGAAAUUAAUUCUACAUUCAUCACAUUUUCAAAAUAUGGCUGACAUCCUCAAAACAACCAUGCCUCUAAUAUGUCAUUAAGAGCUAUGCUGCCUUGUGCAUCAAGAUAGAAAGACCUCAUACCGUCCAUCUGCUACUGUUGGGUUUCCCCUGUGACUGUUUGUUGUCAAAGACUGUAGAGUCCAUGUUUGAUAUGUUUGACCCCCUCCACUCUGUCCAUUUGUCUCCUCACUCGCCCCUCUAGUCUGCCCUCGUCAGAGUAGCUUGUAUAGAUCAUGGUUGUAUUAAUAGACCUGUACAUGGUGUAAAAGAGUCAGCCAUAGUGCUAACCAAAAUCCUGUGACACAAACUCCUGAGAUCCAAAAAUCAUUUUAUUUUGGUUUGAAAACAGAAUGAACCCUCUUUUAACCCAAGAACCUAGAAACCACUUUGCAUCAUCUACAACUACACCUUGAUUUUGACAGUUAUCUGCUUUUCUCGCCGUCACCCGCUCACGUUUCAGAAGAUUUAGGCUGAAUUAGAAGCUUUCUGUGAUGAGACUACACAUUUAAAUGUGUUGCGUCUGAUGAUGUGUGUCUGUAACCACAGACAGAAAUCUUAUUUUAAAACUCACCCAACCAUUACCAUCUUUAUUAGACAGUCACAUGCAGCUUUUAGUUACUGCUCAGAUUCUCUGCCUUGCCAUAAGUUGAGCCUCAAAUGUGUUUUAAAGCUGGUUUCUUAUAUACAGUGUAUGUGAAUUAAGCUAUUUAUAAUUUUCACCUGAAGUUAUAGUCAGUGUUAGGACUUGAAGUUGCCUCUGUCAUGGCCUACAAAAGCAUGCAGUGGUGCCAACAACAAGUUGGUCAAAGUGCCAUUCUGACACCCAGCCUCUAAGUGAACAUGGAACUGAUGUUGCACUGAGUACGACACUCAGAUCUCAUUCAGGAUAGUUUAGAUUUUGUCGCAUCUGCAGUGCAGAGAAUAAGUUGAGACAAGCAUUUUGUACCCCUUCCAUGCAUCAUAAACUUCAGUUAUAAAGAUCUGGGCCCUGAACUGCAAACUCCAGAGCAUUACAUUAAAAAAAUAACGAUCAUUAUGAGGCUUGAUUUUCCUGCAUGCCACAGCUUGUUUUUUUUCAUGACAGACAGAAUUCAUUAUUAUCUAAACUUUUUUUUGGCUGGAUGUGCAUGCAAACUGAUUUGGGUCACAAGAGGAACAUCAAGAUGGAAACUUCAUUGUCUGGUUCGUUGCAGUGUAGUCAUGCUUCUUUGACCAUUUGCAUUGAAAGUGCUUUUCACUUAGAACUGUUUCUGGCUGUAUUCAGACCUUUCUGUGUAACUGCAGGAAGUAUUGUGUGUUUACCUUAAGUGCUGUUUGUUGUGUAAGAAGUUCUACAUAUCACAGGAUGAAUGAGGAAGGAAUAAAGUUGAUUUCAAACGU